GCGGGACAGGAUGCGGGCGCCGCUUGCAUCCCUAAUGUAUAGUGAUUGUCGACCCCUAAUGUGUAGUGAUUAUCCACUAAAAACAACCCUAGUUGAUCUGGGCUUAGACACUUACACUAGUAUAUGUUAGAUCUUUGUGCAUAUUGCGAUGGAGAGUAGCUGUUGAUACUGCGAUGAACAUGGCUUAAUUAUUAUUCUCUGUUUCUUCUUCUUGGAAAUCAUAGGGUAUUUAUGUAUUGACUGUGGUUGUUAUAGGUUUUAAAAAGCGCAUCUGAUCAUGGUUAGGAGCUGCACAGAGUGGUACAUCCUCAGGCACCACCGGCUACCGACCAAACCAGACCUCGAUCGAUCUCCAGGAGCAAGAACCAAGAAUCGAUCCGGCGAUCAUGGCAAGCUCGUUCGAGGAAGGCGAGGUUCCUUUUGAUAAAUUUGCAGCGGCGACCUGAGUAAGUGAGCUUGUGAGGGUUAUCAUGAGGAACAAGAACUCCCCAAAGGCGGUGGCGGCCGCCCGGGCAGAGGGACUGUCCCUAUCGCAGGCCCUCGGGAGAAACGCCGCCCGGAUGGAGCAGGAAAGUUCCUCCAUUGAAAAUCCCACCGUGGCCGCGGCGGUGCCUGCUCCACGGAAUAAGGUUCCCCUUGAAACCUUAGAUGAUGCGCUGGCGAUCGGAGAAGCCUUCUUCGGUCGGGCGCCGGAGAAGAAGAAGAAGUAUAUGAGGGUGAGGCUCUCCAAGGUGGAUCUCGAAUACAUCCUCUCGUACAAGAGCAGCCCCAUGCCUCAUUCGCCGGACGCAUCGACUGGGGGGCUCCCGCCCCCAAAGAGCAGGUUGUGGACUACUUCAUCCUACUGUUCUCCGCUUUCGACGGCGCGGACGAUGAUUUCCUGGAGAUGCAAAAGAGAGUCAUCAAGGAGUACAAGAAGAAAGGUUACGCCCAUCACUGGGUCACUGACGAUGAAGAUGAAGCCCCUCGAGCUCUACAGCCUGUUGCAACCCAGGGGUCAUGAUUCAUGAAGCAUAAGGGUGGAACAAAGAAGCUCAACUGAAGAGAUAUGCAGUGUACGAUCGCAAGAGGAGAUGAUAUUUGUAAGCUGUAGCUGAAACGCAAAUUUAUCUAGAUACACAUUUAUCUAGAUGUGUUUUAGUGUGUAUGUGUGAGCAUUACACUAAUAUUAUGUAAACAUGUAAUAUGUAAUUACGCUGUAAUGGAACACCUCUUUAAUGUGUGA